AUGGAUAGAAGACGCAUUCCAGGUCCCGAGACUAGUGUCUCCCCUAUUAUAGGAAGGUCAGAAGGUGCCAAAGAAAUACCUGUUCUCGACAAGGACGACAAAAGACACGACGGAAGAAAAGCGGAAGAUAUCCGGCCAAUAUUCCUGAAAACUGGUCUUAUAACGCAAGCAAAUGGUUCGGCGUACAUAGAACUAUGUGAAACUAAGAUAGCUUGUGCCAUUUAUGGCCCCCGCCAAACAAAAUUACCAGCAUUUAGUGGAAAAGGAAAUUUAAAUUGUGAUUUCAAGUUUGCGUCGUUUUCGUGUGCUAAACGACGAUCUAAUCAUCGAGAUCCACAAGAAAAAGAAUUUUCUCAACUUUUGUAUGAAGCCUUAGCACCCUCACUACGACUUGACCUCUUGCCAAAAUCCACAAUCGACGUCUAUGUAUCAGUGAUACAAAACGAUGGGACAGCGUCGUGUCUUGCUGCUGCUAUUACUUGUGCCUCAAUGGCGCUCACUGAUGCAGGAAUAGAGAUGGUGGAUCAAGUGGCAGCGUGUGCAGCGUCGUAUAUAAAUGACGAGAUAUUUAUUGACGGCGAUUUUUUUGAAGAACAACGCGAGUCUGGAUCGAUUAUACUUUCUUAUAUGCCUUCACUGAACGAAAUCACGCAUAUAAUACAAUCUGGAGAGGUUGAUGUUGCCGUUACUUCUCAGGCUGUCGAACUAUGUAUCGAUGUCUGCUCUAAGAUAUAUUCAGUAAUGAGGCAUAGCCUACUGGAGUCUGUCAAGAAAUAA